AUGUCUGUGUCAGCGAAGAUGGCAGCGGCGGGCAAAGGAGGACUGUUCAGCAGGAGCAGCAACACUUCUGGCGAUGUCCCCACCAUGCGUGGGCUGGUCUCCUUCAUUGCGGACUUGCGUAAUGCUCGAGCGAGAGAAUUGGAGGAGAAGCGAAUCAACAAAGAAUUGGCGAACAUUCGACAAAAGUUCAGAGAUGGUGCUCUGAACGGCUACCAGAAGAAGAAAUAUGUUUGCAAGCUUCUGUACAUCUAUAUCCUGGGCUGGAACGUCGACUUUGGGCAUCUCGAAGCGGUCAACCUCAUCUCGGCCACCAAGUACUCAGAGAAGCAGAUUGGAUACCUUGCAGUAACACUUUUCCUCCAUGAGCAGCACGAGCUGAUACAUCUGGUCGUCAACAGUAUCAGGAAGGAUCUCAUGGACCACAACGAGCUCAACAACUGCCUGGCGCUACACGCUAUUGCGAAUGUGGGAGGCAAGGAGCUAGGUGAAGCACUGAGCGGUGAGGUCCACCGGCUUUUGAUCUCGCCAGCAUCGAAAGCAUUCGUCAAGAAGAAGGCCGCUCUGACUCUCCUCCGUCUAUAUCGUAAAUACCCCGGGAUUGUCCAGAAUGAAUGGGCCGAGCGCAUGAUAUCGUUGAUGGACGACCCCGACAUGGGCGUAGCGCUCUCUGUUACUUCUCUGAUCACCGCCUUGGUUCAGGACAACGCAGACCAAUACAAGGGAAGCUACGUGAAGGCUGCAAACAGACUCAAGAGGAUAGUUGUGGACAACGAAUGCGCUGAAGGAUACUACUACUACAAGGUUCCAUGUCCCUGGAUACUCGUCAAGCUGCUCAAACUCCUCCAAUACUACCCACCUCCUGAGGAUACACACGUCCGGAACCUGGUUCGCGAAGCACUACGAAAGAUCAUGGACUCUGCGCUGGAGAUGCCAAAGAACGUGCAACAGAACAAUGCACAGAACGCUGUUCUAUUCGAGGCGAUCAAUCUAGUCAUCCAUCUGGACACCGAGCCGGAUCUGAUGGUGACAAUAUCUACUCGCUUGGGCAAAUUCAUUGCGUCUCGCGAGACAAAUGUACGAUACUUAGGCCUGGAAGCUAUGACACAUCUGGCAGCCCGUGGAGAAACACUGGAUCCCAUCAAGAAACACCAGGCUAUCAUCAUUGGGUCGCUGAGAGAUAGGGACAUCAGUGUGCGAAGACAAGGCUUGGAUCUCCUCUACAGUAUGUGCGACCAGACAAAUGCGCAGGCCAUUGUGGGCGAGCUGUUGCGUUACCUUCAGUCUGCCGACUACGCGAUACGAGAAGAGAUGGUUCUCAAGAUUGCAAUUUUAACGGAGAAGUAUGCCACAGACGUGCAGUGGUAUGUGGACAUCACACUGCGCUUGAUCGCAAUGGCCGGAGAUCACGUUAGUGAUGAGGUCUGGCAGCGAGUCAUCCAGAUUGUGACCAAUAACGAGGAGCUGCAGGUAUAUGCAGCUCAAACCAUCCUGGCCUACGUCAAAGCCGACUGUCACGAAACGCUCGUCAAGAUUGGAGGCUACAUCCUCGGCGAGUUCGGCCACUUGAUUGCUGACAGCAAAGGCUGCAGUCCAAUUGAGCAAUUCAUGGCGAUGAGCGCAAAGAUGCGAGGUUGCUCGUCUAGUACACGGGCUAUCUUGUUAUCUUGCUAUGUCAAGUUCGUGAACUUGUUCCCCGAGAUCAAGCCUCAACUUCUACAAGCAUUCCGCGCCUAUACACACUCGCUAGAUUCUGAGCUUCAACAAAGAGCAUGCGAGUACCUUGCUCUCGCCACAAUGCCCACGGACGAUCUGCUGCGAACGGUCUGCGAUGAAAUGCCACCAUACCCUGAGAGAACAUCAGCGCUGCUUUCGAGAUUACACCAGAAACAUUCAACAACGAGCGACAAGCGAACUUGGGUCGUUGGAGGCAAAGAUGCCAACCAAGGAGAGAUUGGCCUUGCGCGACAGAACUCAACAGCUGGUUUCAAGAGAGCCCAGACAAUGCCAGUGCAGGGUGAGCAGAAGGCAGCUGUAUUCAAUGGGACCAACGGUGGAGCUUCUCUGUCAAGUGAUCUUGCCGGCCUUGACCUGAACGUUGACACAAACAAGGUGCUGAGCGGACCGAAUUUCGCCAGCGCCGCUCAUCUAAGUCCGGACUGGGAAAUUGGCUACAAUCGCUUACUGCUUCGGUCCGAAGGGGUGCUCUACGAAGAUCAGCAAGUGCAAGUUGGUCUGAGGACAGAGUACCGCGGCUCAUUGGGAUGCCUGAUAUUCUACUUCACCAACAGAUCUUCGUUCCCCACGAACUCCUUUACCACCACACUGGAUAACCGAUCUGCAGAGACGCUGAAAACGGACGUCAAGGGCUUGCCGGACACAGUGAUACAGCCCGAGGGUCAGACACAGCAAACCAUCAUGUUCGACUGUAAGAAUGUCUUCAUACAUGCCCCGACAAUUCGCGUAUCCUGGCUUGCCGGUGCCAUGCAAGGCAUCACACUGCAACUGCCCGUGUUACUGCACAAGUAUAUGGAAGGCGCAGAACUCAGCGCCGAAGAUUUCUUCAAGCGCUGGAAGCAGAUUGGCGGUGCUCCGCGCGAAGCGCAAAGCAUCUUUGGCCUAGUCAACAAAAGCCGAACCAUGGACCUUGCGUUCGUCAAGAAAGUUGUCACAGGCUUCAAAUGGGGCAUCGUUGAGGGCGUGGAUCCAAAUGGAAAGAACAUUGUCGGAGCGACGGUCUUGCAUACCAGCGAGGGCGGCAAGUUUGGGUGUCUGCUGAGGCUGGAACCCAACUUUGAUACGCAGAUGUUUCGCAUCACUAUCCGCGCGACUGAUGAGGCUGUGCCGCCAGUCCUUGUCAAGGCUAUGGAGGAGCGACUUUCGCAGGGCAUCGAAGGCAUGAUCUGA